AUGCCGCUAAAUGGGCAGCCGAACGGGCCGCUGGUCGAAUUGCUACAAAAGUGGGAGGCCAAAAGGAUAAACUUACGAAACGUAUGUCUCUGCUUCCAUCACUUGAAAAAAAAUAUACUCCUAAAAUGGGGAGACCGAAGGGACUUUCUAUUAAGCAGCAUCAAUGAGGUGACGAUCACCAAAAUUGUGGAUCUACUGGACGUGAACCAAAGCGGAACCAUUGCAGGCAGCAUAAAAGAUAAGUACUUCUUUCUAGCAUUUGUAACGUUCGUCUUUAAUACAGAAAAUGAACUCUUAAGGAGGAACAGGCACAUGGCCAAAGAGGUAGAGGAAAAAUACUCCAGGGUGCACAAUCAAGAUUCUGGAGGUGGAAAAAAAAAUAAAGGCAAAAGAACUGAUGAGGAAUUACAAAAGGGGACACUACAAAAAGGUGAACAGGAGGAUGAUAAGAAGCAUUUGUUGAACGAACAGUUGGGGCAUGACCAAAUGGGAAAGUCAAAGGAUCAAUCACGUCACCCCAAUAAUGUGUUCGACCAGUUUGACGUACUCAUAAAAAGGGCAAUCGUUCUGGAGGUAAACCACACACAGGGAGAGGUGAACAAAUUGCUAAAUUGUAAAAUUUACGUAUUUUAUGUUUUCUUAAAAUUUAUAUUUGCCCUUACAAAGGACUGCCCCCAAAUUAGCAAGCACUAUUUGAAGCAUGUGAGGAAUAUACUACACAUCCUGAUGAGCAUACAAUUGGGAUUCCUACAACAGAGUGAAUACCUUGUGCAUCUUGCAAACGUCACACUGCUCCUCAUCGUACAUACAAAUUUUUCCGCCGUGAAAGAGUGCGAAAAGGAAUUCUUGAACUUUUUAAUUAUGCAGUUAAACAGGAGGAAAUACUCUCUGCAAACUAUUCAACAAAUCUUAGUUACCUAUUUGAACAAAAAAAAAAACAUCAUUUUAAAUGACCAAAUUUAUCAAAAGGUACAAAGUCAUUCCAAUGAUAAUAUGAAUUUAUUUUUAAAAUUUGGGAAAAAAGAAAAUUUGUUUUUUUUCUUCAACCUUUUGUGUCUUUUUAAUGGCUUACUCCAUGCCCGGGUUAGCAACUCGAAUCAGAAUAUCUUCUUUGUAAAGCCUGUAGAAUGCGUAAACAUAAAUGUAAGCAUUAAGGAGAUUCUGGGCAACGUACAGAGAGUGCUCAACUACUUGGGAACCAUAUCAAGGGAUUAUUUGGCCAAAAAAAAAAUGGACAUAUCUCUUAACGGUGGGGGGCCAUACGUCUAUUGUGAGGAUGAACCGCUGCACGAGGAAUUUACCAUUGAAGAGAUCUUGAAAAGGAAGGAAGUAAUAGGGACAGAUCCACAAGAUAUGUUCCAGGGGGGGGUACCCCAUGGGGAGGAAAAUAAACAACUACCCAGCAACCUCUUUACGUACAUAAUCGACAACGUGUUUUCUUUUUUUCGAGGAAUCAUAAAAGAACAAGACGCAGAAUCGAUAAGCAUGAACCUAAACCAUUUGAUAAAUUUUUUAAAACUAUUCUUUAUUCACAAUAACGAAUCUGAUUUAUUUUUAAUAAAUUUCGUUGGAACAAAUUUUAGUACUUAUUGUAAAGAACUGCUGGAGAAGUGCCCCUCCGCGUUGGACCAAUUGGUCAGCCAUAUUAUGUGCCUCUUUAGGGUUGUAAAAAUAUUGACCCAAAGUACGCUUCACAAAGGGGCAACGGGAAAAUUAAUGAACAUUUUGAGAACCAUAGGGGAAGUUGAGAGGGGGGGAAAUUGCCCAAAUGGAGAAAGUGAUCAAAGAGGGAUAGGAAAGCUCCCCGAGGAAAGCAUCAUCCACAGAUUGUACAACAACACUGUUCAUACCAUCUUCGUUUUCCUCAAAAAUGUAGACACGUACUCAAAUGAACAAGUUAAAGAAAAGAUCCUUAUCCAAUACGAACACUUCCUAUUUUGCAUCCUUGAUAACGAAACGAAUGCCAACUUUGAUCUGAUUUUUCGAAACAGCACUUCCCUCUACUUAACGUUAAAGGUGUUUUUCAUUUUGGUGAAGCUACACAAAUUUGAUUUUGAAAAUGUGCAUAACUUUUUUUUUAAGUUGAUCAAAGUGGAGAGAGAACUCCCUACAGCCAAUCAACAAGGGGCCUCCUUUUUUUAUAAAAAUGGCCUACACAGUAAUGCUGCGUUAGUGCAAAAAAUCAAGACAUUCAUUUUAGCCAAUUUGGAUUUAAUUUCCCGCAACGCGGGGGGGACCAAAGUGGAAAAGGUGAAGCGCCUGGAAAGGUUGGAAAAAUCGGAUGUAUUGGGACGGGCCGAUAUUUUGUCCCACUUUGAGCGCCCCAUCACGGGCAACAAUCCUUGGGGGAAACUCCAAAUAGACCUCAAAGAGAGCAGACGCUCUUCGCAGAUGAACGAUGAGCCUGAGAAGACGAACUCGAGUUUGAAAAAGGCGGGGCGUUCGGAGUGGGUCGACGUGGAUGAGGAAAGAGUUGGCGGAGGGGGGGGGGAGGACGGCGCUGCGAGCGACACGGCAAACGGCUGCGGCAAUGGUGACAAUGGCGACUCCCGCCAGGAUCACGCCGCUGCGGGGGCAAGCAAAAAAAACAAAAAAACGCCACAAAAAACGCUGCAAAGCGGGCAGCAGAACGGGCAACAGAACGGGCAGCAGAACGGGCAACAGAACGGGCAGCAGAAUGGGCAGCAGAACGGGCAAAAAAACGAGCAACAGAACGAGCCGCUCGAAACGAAUCGCAGCAGCCACGCGGAGGGCGGGCCCGCAAAUUUAAAAGAGCUAGCAGAUAACGUAAAAAUGGUGUCGUCGUCCGAUGCCAUGAAUUCCCUUGAGUACAUGAAGCAGUCCAUCCUAAAUGACUUAUAA